AUGGGUGCGGGCCGUCCGGAAAAUCGGCCCUGCCCGGAACCAGCCCGGGACCGGCCCGCCGGUUCAAUGACCCGCGGGCUGGCACCUUCUCCUUCUUUAGCACAGCCCGGUCCAACUCUUUCCUGGUCCGAUCCAACCAUCUCUGGCCAACCAAUCUCAGGUCUUACGGUACGUGUUCAUGAUGGCUUGCCGGAUGGGGUCCCACAGUUAUCGGUGUUGGAGGUAAUUGACCUUUUCUUAGGUCUGGUACCGAGGAACUUUUACAAGAGGAUGGCGGCGGUAGAGGAGGAGAUUGGAAGGGUCACUUGUGUUGUUAGUGAUGGUUUCUGGGGUUUUGCAGGUGAUCUGGCAGCGGAGAGAGGGGCGUUGUGGGUCACACAUUGGUGUUGCUGUCCCAAGGCUCUGCUGGCCCAUCUGUGCACAGAUUUGCUGCGACAGAGUGCCGGACCUGAUGGUGAUCGUGCUCGAGUCCAAGAUGCUCUGGAUAGCAUCCCCGGUCUUUCAUCCAUGCGUAUUGAAGACUUGCCAGAAGGCAUUGUCCUCAGUGACACUGCAUCAUCCUUGGCCCUCCUCAAACCAGUCAAAAAGAUUGCAGAAGGUUUGCAGGCUAGUGGGACUCCUUUCUUGUGGUCAUUGAAGGAGAUUGCAUGGGGGCAUUUGCCUGCUGACUUUUUGGACUAUGUUGCAAGUAGAGGAUUGAUUGUGCCGUGGGCUCCUCAGCCUCAGGUAUUAGAGCACUCAGCUGUGGGAGCAUUCUUAACACACGGUGGUUGGAACUCUGUUUUAGACGGCAUCACUGCUGGCGUGCCAAUGAUAAUCAAACCUUACUUGGGGGACCAGUUUCUAGAUGCGAGGAUGGUUACCGAUGUUUGGAAUAUUGGAGUGGGUUUUGAAGGUGGUGUUAUAAAAAAAGAUGAAAUGGUGAAUGCUCUGAAUGUCAUUUUAGGGAGUAAGAGAGGAAAGACAAUGAAGGAAAAGAUAAAUGAGCUGAAGUCCAUGGCAUUGCAAGGAAUAAAGCCGGGUGGGAGCUCGACAAAAAAUUUGGAUGCUUUGGAGAAGAUGGUUGCAUCUUGCCAGCAUAAUUGA